GUUUGAGAAAAAGUACAGCUCUAGUUGCCGGCGUCAAAAAUUUAACCUUUUCCGGAUUGUUAUUAGUUGUAUUUAAUUUAAUCUCAGAUUUCAACAUGGAUGUUACUAUGAGCUACCGCGAAGUUGCGAAUAAAAACCUGAAGCCAGCAGACUGGAUAGAUGUUACGAUACAUACGGGAGAUACACUGAACAGUCUGCAGGACUCCCAAAACUUUGAGAUAUCUGGCGGACAUUCUUACAAAAACAAUAACGUGAUGUACCGGAACCGAUUCAUAUAUUGGCGGACUAACAAGUCGGUGCUGGAGCUCGGUGAAGUUAGCUUGGAUAUAUCACUUGUCAGGAACCAACUGCGUAUGCGAUUCAAUGAGUCGACUGUGCUCAAUGUUUCCCUUACGGAACAGCCACAAGCCAUUACACUGUUGGUCGUCACUGUGAGCAGUGUCCAUCGAUAUGUGUUCCCACUGAAGACGGCUACUGUAGAUGUGGGCGCUGCUGCUGGGCCAGACGAUCUGCAGUCACAAUCUAUAUUCUAUGAUGUGACUGAAAAGAUCGACGAUCCAAGUGCGUACUUUCUUACGGACGGACUUGGAAUGCCCACUGUCGCUGCUUCGUUUAUGUCGGGGCACGCUCAAGUAGCCCACUUUGCGGUGGCCUACCCGAACAAGCUGUUGCACCACGUGAUGAACUGUAUCGAUGGCGCUACUGUAACGCAAGAGGUCAAGGAACCGCAUCUGAUGCCUCGAUUUCUGUACAAAUUUGCGGGUGCUCUGAGACGAGCGGACUCUGUGGAUGCGGCCAAUGACAUGUCAUUCAGUGAAAUCGAUGGCAAGACCUAUCUUCUGGUUGUUUACAGGAGCAAUGAGCUGCGACUCUGGUCAUUGGAUACUAUGCAGGCAGUAUCCACCAUUAACUGCUGCUCUGGUGGGGGUGUAGGAGCACCAACAGCACAAGGACCACAAACAAAUGUGAUACGAAAAAUUGACGACCGAAACUUUUGCGUCUUCCUCUCAAACGACGAAGGGGCCGAGUUUGUUUGCGUGCAAAUCGACAAGAAUAUGACAGAUGUGGGUUCCAGAGACAUAGAAUUGGUUGUGAAGCACACAGUGGUGGCACCAGACAUGGAUCUGAUCGACUUUAAUGUCACCCUCACACACAUCUGGGCGCUCUGGAGCAAUGUUGAAGGGGAUUUUAAUGCCUCGACGAUUCAUUAUGGCUCUAAUCAGGCCAUUCAAUGGGUUUCUUCUGUCCUAGAACCGCCACCGGAUCGUUAUUGUCUCACCACGGAGCAGGGAAUCGAUCCACGCGAGGCCUACUGCUCGUACAUCUUCCAUCCGGGUCGAUUCGAUCGGACUGUGAUUACCAAGGCCUUAUAUAUGUUCCGACGCGUCAACCUGCAGUUUGAUGUUAGGCAGCUGUCGAUGACAGUGCUCAAGGAGCAGGUGUGCCAGGCCGUCGAGGAUGAGAUCCAGAACGAGUUCAAGGAGUUUGUGGUCAGUGAUGAGGAGUAUCUAGAAAUCGCCACUAGGCUAUGGGAUCGUUUCUACUCCUGCUGCGAGCAAUACCACAUCAAGUACUCGGAGCCCAUUGGUUUGUCCAUAUUGGGUGGCAUGGAUGCGGCAUGCCUCAUCAGGCGGCAAUCUUUUGCCCUGCUACGUCCAUGCGAACUGUGGGAGCAUAUUCUGCUCAUUGGAGAGCAAGCCACAGAUGUGGCCUCGCUGAUGUCCCCAUUCUUUCAAGACAAUCUCUCAAUGUCGACAGCAUUCGCUGAGCUAAUAAGGAUCGUCACUCAGGUGGAAAAGACCAUCCCAGAGGAUGUCAAAAUGGAAAUGGAUAAGAAACUGUAUCAGCGAGAGUCGCCCAUCGAUCUGGUGGCCAAACUGGUUGCCAGAAGCCUAGAUGAUGAUGACACUGGCGCCAUCCUGCCCAUGGACACCGUUCAGAAACUGAAGAUCAAGCUAGAGCAUAUACCCAACCUGCAGGACGCUGUCGAUAUGCUGCUGAAUAUUCUUUGCGUGAUCGAUCCGGAUGCAUCGCCGUCAAACGAUUAUGCCAGGUCCACGCGUUUCCUGCUGCCAACUGGGGCAUUGUUUGGCAGCGAAUACGGAAUAUCCAUUCUAGCCGAGACGUUCAAACAAAUGGUUUUGAUACGCUUUUCUGUCUGCCGCAAUUUACUCAUUGUACUUUACAUUUUGGAGCAGGAACAUUGUAAGACGGAUCAAAGUUUCCUUACGACGACUGAGAACUACAUGAGAUCGUAUUACACUCUUGUUUGGAUGGCCGUGACACCCAUUUCCUCAAAUACCCCAGCAGGCUUUGAGGCUUCCAUUCAGCGCCUCAAUCGGGCACAGCUCUUUGAUGGCUAUUCACGACCGUACUCAAGCCAUGUGCGUGGCUAUGGGAAUGACCAGACCACGCUGCUCUGUUUAUUCCUACGUUCCAAGGGUCUGUUCAGUGCUCUGUCGAAGCUGCUGAAGGAGUCGAGCAUGCAACUGGAGACGGAGCCAGCAACAUUGCGUCAAACGCUGCUGAAGCUGGUUACCUACAGCAAUCAGAUGCUAUGGCCCGAAUCUCCCAGCUAUGUAUUCCCAGAAUGGCUCUAUGGCACAUGCCAUCAAAUCAUUGUGCAGGAUUAUGUGCGCCUGCUGUCCGGCUGGUGCAAAAGCAAAUCCUAUUGUCGAGCCUUUAUGCUGGCUGUGACGCUGUUGGAUUGCGGCGAGUCACAAAAGGCAGUGAUCCUCUUUCAGAAUACAGCUGAAAUAGUGCUCGACGAUGCAUUCCUCAUUGAGCACGUGCUGAAGACCACACCGCUGUACAGUCAAAUGAAAGAGAGCCUCGAACUGGGCAAUGAUGAUGGACCAUCAGUGGAGGAUAGAAAACAGGCGAUGGUGCAUUAUUAUCUGAAGGUUAUACAGCUAUUUGAGCAGUAUUCGGCCGUCGACUGCAUCAUUCAGCUGGCUCUUACGGCCAUAAGCAAGCUGGGGGAUCAUGAUCCACAGUUGCCGAUGUUCCAGUCUAUAGUCUUCAAUAACCAUAUGCAUCUGGGCCACUACGAAGACGCGUAUCACGCUUUAAUCUACAAUGCCGACAUAUCACGGCGCAAGGAUUGCCUGCGUCAGUUGGUGGUGACGCUGUUUCAAUGCAAGAACCUGGAUCUGCUUAUGAAGCUCCCCUACAAUGGCCUGCAGAACGAGUUCGAGAGCAUUGUGGAGUCGCGCGCGCGCUCUUUGAACAUCGAUCAGAAUGACGUCUAUAACUUUUUGUAUGCUUUUCACACGAGCAAGGGUAAUAUGCGCAAGGCUGCCACAGUCAUGUAUGAGCAGGCCAUGCGGUUGCAGGUGAGCAGCAAUGACCCAAAGGCACUGGAAAAGCGUUGCUCCGCGCUCCUGAUUUGUGUAAAUUGCCUGAAUCUGGUCGACAGUCGGUACAGAUGGAUAGCCAAGCCAAUCAUUGGCGACGAGCGGGAGUUGACGGCUAUGGAUUUGGAUAACGAAGAUGAUCUGCCGCCGAUCGACGAUGAAGUGCUGGUCCUAGAGCUGGCCGACAUACGUCGCGAGCUUGUCUACAACGUGGCAUUGAAGGAGCUCUCACACUAUCGAAAGGACAUAGCCGCCUAUGAGCUGUCAGGGGCAGAGGAGCUAUCCUAUCUCCUGGUAAGCUAUGGUCUGUAUACGGCUGCCCUGAAACUGUCCCGCGGGCACAAAUUCUCUGUGCUGCCGACAUUUGAGAGCCUGGCCGCUGCCUGUGUGACCGCCACAGAAGAGAAGGCCAGCGAUGCCUGGGCCUGGCUGCAGAAAAACGAUCUGGCAGAUCUACCACAUCGUAACAAUGCCGCAGAUAUGGCAUGGUCCCUGCUGCAGAAGCUGAUACUCAACCACGAGCUCAAGGACACGACAGUCAUACGCAAGAGCGUCGUGAACCGACUGCUCACGAUGAACGCAUUUGUGCCCAAGUGGCUGUACGACUCCUACAAGCUGAGCAAUUCCCGCGAGCUGUUGCAUCUGUACGUCAGGCACAAUCGAUUGCUGGAGGCCGCCGAUAUGGCCAGCGAGAUGAUCUGUGCCAUGCUCGGGGCAGGCAGCGAAUACUUUGAUUUCCAGCAGUCGAUCAAUGUGACGACUCCGCAGCUCGCAUUCCCCAUCAACACAAUUGAUCUGCUGCUGCACGCCCUGAAGGUCAAUGGCAAGGAAAAUUCGGAAUACGAAGUGGCCUGCAUUCAGCUGGAGGAGGAUGUGGCCAGAUACAUUGAGACUGUCAGCCGUACCACAUCGGAUAAAAUGAAAGUGGCCAUUUUGCGGAAUCGGGAAGAGCAGCAGCUGCAGACACUACGCCAGUAAUUCAGUUUAUUUAGUAAAAUGUAUGUUUUUCGAAUUAAAUGCUAAUCUUAAAAGUCGUCCGUCAUGAGUAGUUCGGACAUGAA